AUGGAUAAGAAAGCAAGGCAAGAAAUAAUCGCAAAAACGGAAGAAAUUAUGAUGAUUCUUGAAAAACCGAAAAUUCGAGUUGACAUUGAUUUGCGUGAUAAUUACUCUCCUGGAUGGAAAUUUAACCAUUGGGAAUUAAAAGGUGUUCCGAUUAGGCUUGAACUUGGACCGAAGGAUAUUAAAAAAUCUCAGGUCACAUGCGUUAUUCGUUAUAACAGACAAAAAUUAGUCAUUGCAAUCGAUAAUUUAUCAACAAAAUGCUCCGAAUUGUUAGACGAGAUACAUACUAACAUGUAUAUGAACAUGAAAAAAAUACAGGAUCAAUAUCAGAAAAUUACUACACAUUGGUCGGAGUUCAAAGAACUAUUAGACCAGAAAUAUUUAAUUUUGGCUGCGUUUUGUGGUCUUUCACAUUGUGAAGAUAACAUUAAAAAGGAUAGUUCCAGUGAGGAAUGCAGUGAAGUCGGGACACCACUGAUGGGCGCUAAAACACUAUGCAUACCAUUUGAACAGCCUUCGGAACAGUUACCAAUGCAAUGUAUACAUCCAAAAUGCAAGGAGCAACCCAAAUUUUACGCACUUUUCGGUCGUAGCUACUGA